AUGAUAAAGAAUAUGGCAAAAUUGAGCAUGCCGAUUGUCGAAUUCCUGAUAGGCUAUCAUGCCACGCAUCUCAAACACAUCGUCAUCGUCUGGAAGGGUAUUGAUAGAACCUACGUUGAUUGCGCAAUGGCCUCAAUGGAUGAACUAUCACAGAGCAUUGACCGGGAUGCCGAGCGCUACGUCAACCUCCUUCGCGACUUCGUGGCAAUCCCAUCCAUUUCCGCCGAACUGGAACAUUGGCCCGAUUGCAGAAAGACGACGGCGUAUGUGAAGACGUUCUUGGAGGAAAAGCUACAUGCAACGACAAAGUUCGUUCCGGCUGGACAGAAGGAAGUCAAUGGAAAAAUGCAGGAGAUACCUCCUAUUCUCUUUGCUGAGCUUGGGAAUGCGCCCGGCAAGAAGACGCUAUUGGUUUAUGGACAUUUGGACGUUCAGCCGGCUGCAAAGGAGGAUGGCUGGGACACCGAUCCGUUUGUUCUUACCGAGAAGGAUGGGAAAUUAUACGGCCGCGGAUCGACUGAUGAUAAGGGGCCUGUGCUGGGGUGGCUGAUCGCCAUUGAGAAGUUAAACGAGCUCAAAAUUGAGAUCCCAGUCAAUCUCAAGUUUGUCUUCGAAUCUAUGGAAGAGGUUGGCUCCGAGGGUCUCCCCGAAGCUCUACAGAGCAACAAGGAAUUCUUCAAGAAUGUCGACUACACGUGCAUCUCCGAUAACUAUUUCCUCGGCAAGACGAAGCCCUGCUUGACCUAUGGCCUGCGCGGUAUUAACUACUUCUUUGUUGAAAUCACCUGCGCGAAGCAGGAUUUGCACAGCGGCUGCUACGGCGGGAGCAUUCCUGAAGCCAUGACCGAUCUGACGUGGCUGAUGUCUACGCUAGUAAACGUUGAUGGCAGCAUCAAUAUUACGGGUCUCUCGGAGAUGAUUGCACCAUUGACUGACGUCGAAGAUGCUGAAUAUGCCAAGAUCGAUUUUGACGUUGCCGACUACAAAGAUACCCUUGGCGCUCGUGGAUUGACGAAAAAGUCAAAAGAAGAGCUGCUGAAGGCCCGUUGGCGUUACCCAUCCCUAUCCAUUCACGGAAUUGAAGGCGCCUUUGCUGGCAGUGGUUGCAAGACGGUCAUCCCAGCCAAGGUUGUCGGUAAAUUCUCCAUCCGCACUGUGCCUGAUAUGACGCCGGAGCAGGUCGAUGCUUGCGUCGUGAAGCAUCUGAACAAGCUUUGGGAAACACGUGGAUCGCCUAAUCAGCUCAAAGUGACUCCUCAACACGCUGGCCGCCCGUGGAUUGCGAACCCGUUCAACGAGAAUUUCUUGGCAGGCGCGAAUGCUGUGAAGGCUAUCUAUGGUGUCGAGCCUGAUCGCACCCGGGAGGGUGGUUCAAUCCCAAUCACCGUGCUUUUCCAGGAGAUCACCGGUUCGGAUGUGUUGCUCCUCCCAAUUGGUGCCUCUGAUGAUAUGGCCCAUUCGCAGAAUGAAAAGAUCAAUCGUGAUAAUUACAUCAAGGGCAUUAAGGUAAUGGCCCGAUACUUGCUAAACCUAGCU